AUAAACCCAUUAUUUCGUCCAAAAACAAUUAGAUACAAAAUAAACCACAUAUCAUUUAUUCUCAUUUGUAACCCUUCAACCCUCUAAAAUCCUUCAAAUUAGAUACAAAAUCCAUCUCUCGUUGGGUUAUUAGGAUUCAUGUCGGUAAAAGUCCAAGUGAUGGAGACUAUAGAGAGUUUUAGGAUAUAUUCCAUCCAAUGGAGGAUGGUAGAGUGGGUCUACGAAACUUACCGUGGACUGCAUUUCAGAGGAUCAUUCUAACAUUCUUCCUAAUACCCUGAAAGUCGGAGUGGAACGUUAACCAAAACCCUCAAAAUCUCAGUCCUUCUCUCUUCGAUUCAAGAUGUCGACAUUCUUCAGGAGAUUAAGCAAAGCAACGCCGAUCGCAUUUUCGCAUGCUUUUCGGGGGCAAUCGCAAUCAAAUUCAACGCAUUUUCGAUUUCCAGUUGGAGCAAUCGCUGCCAUCUCUGGUGGAAUCUCGUAUUUCUACUACUUUUCUGAGCCAAAUUUGGCCCAUCUAGAUCAAAUCAAUGAAGAAACAGGUCCUAAAACUGCUCUUCAUCCUGACAAAUGGAUAGAGUUUAAACUGCAAGAGAAAGCUAAAGUCAGCCACAAUACACAGCUAUACAGGUUUUCUUUUGAUCCAAAUCUCCAUUUGGGACUCGAUGUUGCAUCAUGCCUCAUUACAAGGGCUCCAUUAGGAGAAGAUGCUGAAGGAAAAACAAAAUAUGUUGUUCGCCCAUACACCCCCAUAUCUGAUCCAGAUUCUAAAGGUUACUUUGAUUUGAUGAUUAAGAUUUAUCCUGAAGGGAAAAUGAGCCAGUAUUUUUCAAAACUAAAUCCAGGUGAUGUGGUUGAAGUAAAAGGACCCAUUGAGAAGAUCAGAUACACUCCCAAUAUGAAGAAACACAUUGGCAUGAUUGCAGGUGGCUCAGGAAUCACUCCAAUGCUUCAGGUUAUUGAAGCCAUUCUUAAGAAUCCUGAUGAUAACACCAAAGUUUCGUUGAUUUAUGCGAAUGUAUCACCAGAUGACAUUCUGCUAAAAAAGAAACUUGACAUGCUUGCUUCCAGCCACCCUAAUUUGAAGGUAUUUUAUACUGUUGAUAAUCCAUCAAAGUAUUGGGUUGGAGGCACAGGUUACAUAUCAAAAGACAUGGCCUCAAAAGGCUUACCUUCUCCAAGUGAUGACACACUUAUACUUGUGUGUGGGCCACCUGGAAUGAUGGAACAUAAGGAAUGGUUUACAAGUUUUAAAAACAUUGCCGUUGGUUGGACUUACUUGAGGCAUGUUUAA